AUGUUUGCGUGUGGUUUAUUUUUAAUAUCGAGUAACAAUCGAGUAUCGAGGCUUAACGAGCAAUUACGAUUUGCCUGUCCAUGUGGUUGGGAUGCAGACUGGGCAUCAAUUAAAUCAGCCCUUGUAUCGAAAUCGUGCUGUGUUAUGACUUAUGAAUAUUCACAUGUAUCAAGACAAGAGUCACGCCCUCUCGUGGACCUGCUGAACAUAAAAGAUGUCCAGGUGGCGGAU